UCUGGGUAACGCUGAUUAAUAUAAUGGCAGCAUCUCAGAAAUGUCUUGGAAAAGGAAGUGCUGCUCCUGGCCCUGUGCCAAAGGACCAUAUUCGGCUCUAUAGCAUGAGAUUCUGUCCUUUUGCCCAACGGACAAGAUUGGUGCUCAAUGCCAAGGGAAUUAAACACGACAUCAUCAACAUCAAUUUGAAGGAUAAGCCAGAUUGGUUUCUGGAGAAGAAUCCUCUUGGUUUAGUGCCAACGCUGGAGACCCAGAGUGGUCAGGUGUUAUACGAGUCACCAAUCACCUGUGAGUACCUGGAUGAGGUCUACCCUGAGAAUAAACUGUGUCCAUCCGACCCGUUUGAGAGGGCGCAACAGAAAAUGCUGCUGGAGCAUUUCUCAAAGGUGACUCCCUACUUCUAUAAGAUCCCUGUAAGCAGGGCAAAAGGAGAAGAUGUGUCUGCACUUGAAGCAGAACUUAAGGAGAAACUCUCCCAAUUAAAUGAGACCCUUGUCAACAAAAAGACCAAGUUUUUUGGAGGAAAUUCAAUAACAAUGAUUGACUACCUGAUGUGGCCAUGGUUUGAGAGGAUGGAGAUGAUGGAUCUGAAGCACUGUUUGGACAGCACUCCUCAGCUGAAGAAGUGGACUGAACAUAUGUUGGCGGAUCCCACUGUAAAAGCCACAAUGUUUAGCACAGAAACCUACAAGGUGUUCUACAAGUCCUACAUGGAGGGAAACCCCAAUUAUGAUUAUGGUUUAUAGAAUAAAUCAUUGUUCUCUGGUAAAACCCACCUUGAUUGCCUAUUUGUUUUAACAGCUAUUGGUUACAAAAGUCUGUUAAUAUCUGUCUAUCAUUUAUACUGCGAUCCCGAUUACUCUGAAGAUAAUUUAAUUCCUCGGAUAUCA